UGAAUGUACGCUGUCUGGUGGGCUUGUACGGAUCUACCCGGGAGGAUGGGUUGGAUGAAGCAUUCAGUGCGCUUUUGGACCAGGAGCGGGACGAUGGAGUUGAUGAUGGAAUUUUGAACUAUACUUUGGGAGCCGAGGACAUCGAUCGCGUGCAAUUUUUGGUCGGUUCACAAUCGUUAAAGCAAAGCGGAAGUCAGGUCACUCUGGUCACUUUGAUCGAGUCGAAUAGUGUGCAUCCAACCCACCUCGCCAAACAGACCUUCGCCCAUCCAGACGGUGAGGUGGUUAGUUUGACUACAUUACCUGCUCAACCGGAUUGGUUUGUGACCACUUUCUCCCAUUGUAAGUUUUUUUUCUAA